UCCUGUAAUAUUUCCCCUCAGCUCUUCCAACAGCAUUUGUCUUGCCACUUGGGAUUCAGGACGAACCGCCUGUCCCAGGGGCCUGUGCGCUUGUCGAGGAGGGAGCAUUCGCCUCCGCGGUCCCCUGGAGGGGCGUUGGAGGAGGGGGCGACGGAUAUAGGGACUCGCGGUCCGCUGUGGGAAUGAUCCACGAACUGCUCUUGGCUCUGAGCGGGUACCCAGGGUCCAUUUUCACAUGGAACAAGCGGAGUGGCCUCCAGGUGUCACAGGACUUCCCAUUUCUCCAUCCCAGUGAAACCAGUGUCCUGAAUCGACUCUGCCGGCUGGGCACAGACUAUAUUCGCUUCACCGAGUUCAUUGAACAGUACACGGGCCAUGUGCAGCAACAGGAUCACCAUCCAUCUCAGCAGGGCCAAGGUGGGUUACAUGGAAUCUACUUAAGGGCCUUCUGCACGGGGCUGGAUUCGGUUUUGCAACCUUAUCGCCAAGCACUGCUUGAUUUGGAACAAGAGUUCCUGGCUGACCCCCAUCUUUCCAUAUCACAUGUCAAUUACUCCUUGGAUCAGUUCCAGCUCCUUUUUCCCUCUGUAAUGGUUGUGGUAGAACAAAUUAAAAGUCAAAAGAUUCAUGGUUGUCAAAUCCUGGAAACGGUAUACAAACACAGCUGUGGAGGUUUGCCUCCUGUUCGCAGUGCACUAGAAAAGAUCCUGGCCGUGUGUCAUGGGGUCAUGUAUAAGCAGCUCUCAGCCUGGAUGCUACAUGGACUCCUCCUGGACCAGCACGAAGAGUUCUUUAUCAAACAGGGUCCCUCUUCCGGUAAUGUCAGUGCCCAGCCAGAAGAGGAUGAGGAGGAUCUGGGCAUCGGGGGACUGACAGGAAAACAGUUGAGAGAACUCCAGGACUUGCGCCUGAUAGAGGAAGAGAACAUGCUGGCACCGUCUCUAAAGCAGUUUUCCUUACGAGUGGAAAUUUUGCCAUCCUACAUUCCAGUGAGGGUUGCUGAAAAAAUUCUGUUUGUCGGAGAAUCUGUCCAGAUGUUUGAGAAUCAAAAUGUAAACCUGACUAGGAAAGGAUCCAUUUUAAAGAACCAGGAGGACACUUUUGCCGCAGAGCUACAUCGGCUCAAACAGCAGCCGCUCUUCAGCCUCGUGGAUUUCGAGCAGGUGGUGGAUCGUAUUCGCAGUACCGUGGCCGAGCAUCUCUGGAAGCUGAUGGUGGAAGAAUCAGAUUUACUGGGUCAGCUGAAGAUCAUUAAAGACUUUUACCUUCUGGGACGUGGAGAACUGUUUCAGGCCUUCAUUGACACAGCUCAACACAUGUUAAAAACACCACCCACUGCAGUAACUGAACAUGAUGUGAAUGUGGCCUUCCAGCAGUCCGCACACAAGGUCCUGCUGGACGAUGACAACCUUCUCCCUCUGUUGCACUUGACGAUUGAGUAUCACGGAAAGGAGCAUAAAGAUGCUGCUCAGGGAAGAGAAGGGCCUUCUCGGGAAACUUCUCCCCGGGAAGCCCCUGCAUCUGGUUGGGCAGCCCUAGGUCUCUCCUACAAAGUGCAGUGGCCACUGCACAUUCUCUUCACCCCUGCUGUUCUGGAAAAGUACAAUGUUGUUUUCAAGUACUUACUGAGCGUGCGCCGGGUGCAGGCCGAGCUGCAGCACUGCUGGGCCCUCCAGAUGCAGCGCAAGCACCUCAAGUCCAACCAGACCGACGCAGUCAAGUGGCGCCUAAGAAAUCACAUGGCAUUCUUGGUGGAUAAUCUUCAGUACUAUCUCCAGGUAGAUGUGCUGGAGUCUCAGUUCUCACAGCUGCUGCAUCAGAUCAAUUCUACCCGCGACUUUGAAAGCAUCCGAUUGGCUCACGACCACUUCCUUAGCAAUUUGCUGGCUCAGUCCUUUAUCUUGUUGAAACCUGUGUUUCACUGCCUGAACGAAAUUCUAGAUCUCUGUCACAGCUUUUGCUCGCUGGUCAGUCAGAACCUGGGCCCACUGGAUGAACGUGGGGCUGCCCAGCUGAGCAUCCUGGUGAAGGGCUUUAGCCGCCAGUCUUCACUGCUAUUCAAGAUUCUCUCCAGUGUUCGGAACCAUCAGAUCAACUCAGAUUUGGCUCAACUACUCUUACGACUAGAUUAUAACAAAUAUUACACCCAGGCUGGCGGAACUCUGGGCAGUUUCGGGAUGUGAAAAUACCUGGUUCACAAAUCAAUAGUCUCUCACCAUGUUCCCAAAUCUGACAGAAGAUUCAAAACAGCCCACUCUCCAGCCACUCAACAAACGCCUGCAGCCUACUGAGGGCCCUACCUUUUCCUCCUAGAAGCUACUACUACUGAACAUUCGUGGGUACAAAUCCUUCCCCAUGUGGAACGGUCUGCCCCACCAUAGGGGAGCUCUUGCCUCACCCACCACGGAGGGCACGUGGUGACCCUGCAAGACCCACUACACGGAGGACAUCUAUUGGACACAACCAUUUGCUGAGCACCUACGAGGUGCCUAGGUACUGUUCAAGCUGCGAGAGACGGCAGUAAGUAGUAACUUCCAAUUAUUUCAGACUGGAAAAUAGGGCAAUUCUAGCUACGGACAAUGUAUUUAAAGUGUUACUACUACUUUAACAACAAAGAAAAGGGGUCCUUAAGAAAAAGCUGAGGUCAAAUUCUUAGAUUUCAAAUAUUGAAAACUACGAGUCUAAUUAUCCCCUUUUGGAAGAACCACAGGAAUUAAGGUUCCCUUGAUCUGGCCCAACCAUUACUGUAAUUAUUAAUGUUCAUCUUGGUGUGAACCAAAAUAAAUGUUUAUUGAACAACUCCCUCUAUACGAAAAAAGAAUGCAGCAUUCCGGCUUCAGUCUGUAGCCAGUGACUCUGGUCCUUAUCUCUGUGACAGAAUAUCCUCUACCAUACACUGCAUCCUGUUUCCUACAAU